AUGUUGCGCACAGUGUUACUGUCCUUAGUCUUAUUGAUAUCCUUAACAUCGUCAACGUCGAUUAUUCGACGAAAACUUUCUCGCCGACAAGCCGACUCGCCCUAUUGUCAUGCGAUUGAUGGUUUUGAUUGUAAAUGUUCGUUUUAUCGUGUAACAUGUACUAUUGAUCGUGCAUUCAAUCUCCCACUGACAAUAUCCGACGCGGAGAAACACAAAUAUCAAACUGUGGAAUUAGUUAUAUCUGCCGCACAAAACAUUCAAGUUGAUGAUCAGUCAUUUGCACCAGUUAAAGAAUUAUACAAAGAAGACGCCGAUAACGUCGAAUUCCGUUUGAAAUUCGAAGGAUACACUGACCUUCGUAUUAGUUCACCAGGAUUUUUGAAUCGCGUUUUUCCCGAUAGUUUACCAUCGAAUGCGAGAAAACAUGUCGCUCUACAAAUUUAUAACUCGGAAGUUCCACCCCAUGAUGAUCCGCAUCUCUUCCAAAACUUACAAGCUGAUUCUUUAGAAUUGUACGCAUUAUAUCCAUUUCAUGGUACCUUUCAACAAAUGUUCGAUGGUGCAAAUAUCAAAUUCUUACAUUUGAGCGGCGGUGAUAUCCGUUCGGAUCCCAGCCAGAGCUUCACCGGUAAUAUUCAGCGUUUGGAAUUAGCGAAACAAGCAGAUAAAUUAAGCGUACAAAACUUUCCUGCCUACCCCGCACAUGAAAUGAUAAUCAAUGCCUAUUAUAUUAGCGAAUUCAACAACGAACAUCCACCCAACUACGAUAAUCUAGGCGAAUUACGUGUUCAUACACGAGAAGAAAUUCCGGCGCAUGCUUUCCGACAAUACCCGAACAUUCAUACAUUGUCAGUCACAAGUGAAAAAGGUAUCAAUCCACAUGCUUUCGACGGUUUGGAUCGUUUGGAAAAGUUGGUCAUCAAAGACAAAGUCGGCACGGAUGUUGUUGACAAUUUACCCAAUGUCAAAGAAUUCGAAGGCGACAUUGGAAAAUUAGAUAGUAAUGUACAAUGUAAAUUACUCGAAAAAUUAGCUAAUGGACAAGUUGCUGUUCAAGCUAUUCCAAAUGGAAAUGAAUGUACAUGUACAUCUGCGUAUUUGGAUGCAGCUGCCGGUCGUAUGCCAUGUAGUGCACAAGAUUGUGAACAUUCUUCAUGUGCUGCUAUUAAGAAUAAUUACGAUGCAGCAACAGGUCAAUUCACACCUCCACCACCCAUUCAACGAGCUGAUGGUUCCGAUGCGUUACGUCCACGUGCAACACGAGUGUAUACAGCACCAUUUCAAAUUUCUUCACAGGAUCAAGAAAAAUUACGUUCCGGUAUUCCUACAACACCUGCACCAAAACCGGACGAAGACGAUCAACAACAACCAGACCGAGAUGGUACUGGCCAACGCGAUCCGAAUGAACCACAAGAUCAACGUGGCGAAUCUGAUUCAUCAACCGCUUCAAAUGGCGACGAAGGUCAAGGAGAUGGCGGUGAUACCUCAGGUAUCGAAGGAGGCUCACAAAAUGGAACCGAUGCCAGUGCACCAGGCAAACGAAAGAUGAAUUGGUUACCAAUCAUCAUUAUUAUUGCAGCGAUUGUUGCCCUUCUUCUUAUCGGUCUACUCUUCUUACUUCUCCAUCGACGACGUUCAAAUCCAAGUUAUAAUCGAGCAGCGACCAGCGAGCAAAAACAGGACACAGGAGCCCGGGCAUAA